AUGACGGGGUUUCGUGGGGCUGAUCCAUAUAAUUGGACCAAAAUCUACUCAGAUCCAGCCAUUAGAAACAAAGAUUUAAAGCUUAAAGCAGGUUCUGAGACUCUACUUGCAGAUGUGGAAGCUGAGCUUGGUUGUAAGCUUGAAAACGUCAACUGGCUCCCAGGUUUCUUUGCAAUUGCAUCACAAAUUCAAAUUGCAAGGUCUAAGGUCUAUUGUGAAGGAAAGAUAUAUGUAAUUGAUGCUGCAUCUGGAGCUGCUGUCACAGCAUUAAAUGUUUUGCCAGGGGAUCACAUUCUUGAUCUUUGUGCUGCUCCAGUUGCAAAGUUAUGCAUGCUUGCCGAACUUCUUGGCAGCUCAGGUUCGCUAACUGGAGUGGACAUUGCAAAAAGCCGUCUGGCUGCAUGCAGGACAAUGUUGCAAAAAUAUGCAUUGGGGGGUCGUUGUAGGCUUUUUGUAGCAGAUGGAACAACCUUUUCCCUCUUGCCUUUGGGAACUUGCACAGAGAACCAACCAGUGAUGGAAUCAGAAAAUGGUGAUUAUAGAGGAAAGAAAGGUGUUUAUCAGGAAUGGUCAUCUAGAGUACCUUGGAGUGAAAGAAGAAAGUCUAAACACACUAAUAGAAUAUCGAAAGCCAAUACAUGUGAAUUGAUCUUCUAUGGAAAGCAUUCUGGAGUAAUUGGACUAAGAAAGGAGCAGCUGUUUCAAACUGGAAAAGAAGAGGCUAAUGAUGGUGGAUAUGACAAGGUCUUGGUUGAUGCUGAGUGUACACAUGAUGGUUCUGUUAAGAACAUCCUCAAGUUUGAAGAUUGGGGAUGGGACACUCCUCAAAGAAGACUGUUGGAUGCAGAAAGAAUUGCCACCUGUGCAAGGUCAUAUGUUCACCCAAAGCCUGGUCAGUUGGGAACCACCUUCGACAGAUUGAGUACUCAUGGUGGCCCAUCAAGACUGGGCGUUUCUGAACUGCACACCCACCAGCGUCAGAGCACUGCAUCUUGCAUCAGCUACUAUGGCCGCUUAGUGCUUGAAACGAAUGAAACUGACGAUGGCAUUUCUUCCACUCGUACAUCCUCAUCGCCGUAA